UCCUGUGACGAAUUGAAUGGCAAGAGCAAACAACGCGAAUAUAAACGAAGCUUUGCAGCAACAUUGUGCCGUCUUGUGUCAUUGUAACGGAGGUCGCGAUGUAAAAGAGGCCGGUACACAGACCGACAGUAAAGUACAAGGGCAUGGCCCCAGAUUGUCAAAAGGCAACCUUUUCACACUACUUAGUCUAUGGAUGGAACUGUUCCCCAGAGAAGAACUCGAACACAGAAAUGAUGACAAUGAGUCGGUGCAAGGAACAGGCUUGGUGGUGGUCCGGGAGCACAGGGUGGUGGGUCUGCACUGCUCUGGAGCAGAGCUGCAUGCAGGCCAGUUGGCUGUGAUCCAACAUGGACCUCGGUUGGCUUCCUGUGAGCUCUACUUCUCCAGGAGACCCUGUGCCACCUGCCUCAAGAUGAUCAUCAAUGCCGGGGUGAGCAGGAUCUCCUUCUGGCCUGGUGACCCGGAGAUGAGUCUACUGGCAGGAGCUUGUGACCGGACGGACAGUAUUUCCCAGGAGGCUGUGCUGGAUGUCGUGGCAGUUGAGAAGAUGAAGGCCAACAGUCGCCCUCACAUUGGUGUCAUUCUGCAGCCCCUGGCCCCUGGCUUGCAGCAGUUUGUGAAUGAGACCUCCAAGAAGUGUGACUUCAUGGAGAGGGUGUCCAACGACACUCCCGAUCUGGAUGUAGAAGACCUCUUCAGGAGACAGUGGAGACAGAACUUGGGCAGGUUCUCCAGGUUCAUACUUCCGGAACAGCAGCACAGAGACAUUAUUACCAAGAUGGGCCUAGAGAACUUCUGCAUGGAACCAUACUUCUCUAGCCUGCGGCAGAACAUGAGGGAGCUUGUUGAGGUUCUUGCCUCAGUGUCUGCUAGUGUUCCACCUCUCCAGCAUGGCUUCUACAAGAUGGAAAAUGACAGGAAGGAGCCACAGUGUGAUGAUCUGCCUCAGACCCGGCCGGUGUCCCAGGAGAUCGCCCGGCACUGCAUCAUACAGGCCAUGCUGCUGGCCUACAGAACAGAGGACCAUAAGGUUGGGGUUGGGGCUGUGAUUUGGGCAGAAGCUAAAUCUGGACGUUGUGAUGGUACCGGGAGGCUGUACUUGGUGGGUUGUGGGUACAACGCCUACCCAGUGGGCUCAGAGUAUGCAGAGUACCCUCAGAUGGACAACAAGCAGCAGGACCGGCAGAGACGCAAGUACCGCUACAUCGUCCAUGCCGAGCAGAACGCCCUUACCUUCAGGAGUUCUGAGGUCAAAGAUGAGGAGAACACCAUGCUGUUUGUGACCAAGUGUCCAUGUGACGAGUGUAUGCCCCUGAUCCUGGGGGCGGGCAUCAAACAGAUCUACACCACGGACCUGGACAGCGGGAAGGACAAGGGGGACAUCUCUUAUCUUCGCUUCAGCAGUCUCCCAGGAGUCCAAAAGUUCAUUUGGCAGAAGACCUCCCAAGAUACCUGUGCCUCCGCACACGAUGCUCAUCAUCUUGCAAAUGGAUGCAUGGGGAAGCAUGACAGACAAGCGGAACAGGAGUCCCGGACUAGCAAGAGACAUCGGCCGGACCACUUUAGCAACCUCCCACCUGUCUGAACAACACUCAUAGUAGAUGGAACACCCAGGGUGUGUACACUAAUGGAGGAACCAACUGAAUCACCUUCUGUAAGAUCCCAUCCCAGAUGGGUAUGCAUUUUGAAGAGGGGAGAAAGAAAGACAGCUUUACAUGGAUCCAGUGGAAGGAGGGAGGUUAAGGCGAUUCUAUAUUUUAAGCGGUACACCUUAAAGGGUACUAUAUACAGGGUCCCCGCGGGGUCUUAAAAAGUCUAAAAUUCAGAACUUUAAAUUUAAGGCCUUAAAAUGUCUUAAAAACGGACAGAUUUUCAUCCGAUGUCUUAAUUUAAUUUAGUCAGGUCUAAAAAAAGGUUUUACCCUCGUUUAUUUUUAGAAACGCUGGCCGCAAAAAGUUAUUACAAAGUAGCAAAAAAGUAUUGAGUCGUAGCCUACAAAGCGGAACUCUAGAGUCCAGGGUUUGAAUUAUGGGGGGGCUUGGGGGGGGGGGGUUAACCCCCCAAUUAGGACUUACCUGUAAUCGUAAAUAUUACUUUACGCCCUGGAGAAGAAGCUGACCCCCCCCGAUUAUCAUUACUAAACAUUUCACACUCUGUUUCUAACCAAACUAAACUAAAGAGAAUCUUCCUAAGAUUAACAAGCGUUUGGCGGAGAGGAGAGACAAUAUUUAUGAAACUGUGAGGUGAAGUCCCACAUCUCACAUAACCACAAUGUAACUUUUAAGUUAAAAUAAACUAUUUAAAGUUUGGAUUUGAUGUUGUCAAAUUUGAUGUUGAGUGGAGAUGGUUAAGACCCCUGAUAGCUCAAUGGUUAAGGAUGUGGGCUACUGUGUGAGGGGUCUUGUGUUCAAAUCUGGCUGAAGGAUCUUCUUAUUGCUUAAUUUUUUCUCUUGGACUUAUACAUAAAACUCGACUUAUAAAUAAAACUGAUAAAAGGUAAAUUUAUUUUUAGACUCUUGGUUGAGCCUUUCCUGGUGGGGACAGUUGGGUACCUGGACAGACAGUUGGGAGAGGGGAUCUGGACAGUCUGGGAGGGCGCUGCGGUUACAAGGAUUUGGGCCCACGGAUGUGUUUGGCACUACGCUCUGUGCUGGUUUUGAACCCAGGUUGUUGCGGUGUAGGCCCUUGUUCUCAACCCACUACACCACGGGGUAGAAGAAAAUUAAUGCUUUUUCAAUGAUUUCAGAAUUUCUCUGAUUUGAAUAUUUUUUUGGUAAUUCAUUGUGCAAGUCUUACAUUUCAAUCUUUAUGGUCUUAAAAUGUAUUAAAAAGGUUUUAAAUUUGACUUACUGAAACCUGCAGGAACCCUGUAUAUAGUAAUAUAUAUUAUAAUUUUUUAAACAUAAUUGAAAAAAUUUGUGUAUGCUCAAGCAGUUAAAUAAGCCUCCAUUUUGCAUCCCAGUCAGUGCAUGCUACCUCGGAGGUAUGAUUUGUAAAAUAAAACCUAUUCUGGCAGUCUGUUCCACCUACUCCUGAAUAAGUAAAUGUUAGUUGAGAAGGUUGAAAUAAUAACCCAUCUCAUUUUACAGUGUUUCGCAAUAAGCAAUUAACCAUUACUAAACAUGACAAACACACUGAACAGUAUUCUGUUCUGUUUUAUUGGUGAUGUCAUACUGUAGCAUCAAGGUGGAAAAUACACAUGGUUGGUUUUCAGAUGAAUCCCAUUGUAGAGAUGGGCAGAAUGUCCAAUUGUUUUUAAUUUGACCAAACAUUCUGUCCAGAAACAGAGGAUAAGUGAAGAAGUUAGAUGAAUUUGGCUCAGGUGAUGGUUCAGUUUGAGAAUGCCUGAAUCUGUUAAGUCUGGUUUUAAACAUGUAGAAUACUGUCACAGCUUAAGUCUUCUAGCGGCUUUGUUUUUUCACAAAGUAAACAAGUGCAUUAUGACACAAAAGUAACUAUUUAUGUGCCUUGUGCCUUGUUCAACCUAUCCACAAUUUGGCAAUAUCAAGAACAACCAAUAAUUAUUUUCCUACUUCAUAUUACACAUUAUCGAUUGAUUUGUUUUAUAUUUUUCUUCACCUUUUGCAACUAAAUCACAAAUUCUGGUCAUACAGCGUGUGAUAGUGAAUUUGUUUCACCUCCAUGUAUUGUUUUGUGGUCCUUGGCUACAUGUGAUAUAUUUGUUCACAGCAAGAUGGCACCACCUAGCCUGUUCAUGGUCAACUCCUCCUAACAUCCUCUUAGAUUUGGCCUCUCGGUGCAGCAUAACUCAGAUAUAGUGAGUCAGAGGUUCAUUGCUUAAUCACACAAAAUAUGCUCAAUCAGACCAUAUUUUCAAAUUAAGAAUUAAGCUCCCCUAGAAGGUGUUUAAAGUAUACAAAAGAGAAAGGGAAAACACAAAACCAAAAAGGCACCUCUGAAUGUUAGUCCCCAACUGUUAAUGUGUUCCCACAGAUACGCUUCUAAACUCCUAUCGAAAUAAUAACAAAAGAUCAAAGAAAUCACUUAUGUAUAGAAAAAAAAAAACAUCUCCCCAUAUCCUCCUCCUUCAACAGAGGUCUCCCGAAAAAUGCCUUUGUGGAUUAUACUAUGUCACUCACAAACAGGUAAAACCAGCAUUCAUUCACAUGACAAAGGAAACAAACACUUUAAUUAAAGUAAAAAUAAUCAUAACCGAGCCCGUGGCGGAACCAAAAGAAACCCUAGCAUUCAAUAAAACGGAAAGUAGCCAUCAGCCUCUCAUGAAGAGAACCAAUGAUUAAAAUAAUUCUACUAGUCAUAUGAACUGUACGUUUCAUAUUAAAAAUAAACAUUAUGCUUAUUUUAGGUUCAUAAUUAGUCUUCUGGGUAAAAACAAAACGACCAAUUUAGAUGUUUUAAUAACCAAUUACCUGUUAGUGUAAAUGCAAGGCAUUCAGAG